AGGGAGUACUUCCAGGUGCUGGUGCGGAUCGACGAAGGGGCCGACAACACACCGCCCAAGCCCAGCUUCCUGGCGCUGCUUAUGAUGGAGGUGCACCAGUUUGUGCUCACAGCCCUCACCCUGGACAUGCUGGCUGCUGAGGACCUGGAGACACCCCCGGACCUCCUGAUCUUCAAUCUCACCUCUGCCUGGCCUGGUGACCCACGGCGGCAAGGCUUCCUGCUCAGCACCGAUGACCCCAGCCGGCCCCUAGUUGCCUUCUCACAGCAGGAGGUGAGGGAGCUGAAGAUUGCCUACCAGCCCCCAACCCUGGACUCAAAUGAGGAGCGGCUUUUCCAAGUGGAAAUGGAAGUCCUGGACACCGAUGGCGCCUCCUCAGAGCCUUUUGCUUUUGUGAUCCUGGUAAAGCCCAUGAACACGCUGGCCCCUGUGGCCACUUUCAGUCGUGUGGCAGGCCCACAGCUGAUACUCUUUGAGGGACAGUCACGACCCCUGUCUGGCAACUUGGAGAUCAGUGACGAGGACAAUCUGAAAGAGGUGAAGGUCUGGGUCACACGGGGCCUGCGAUACGGGAAGCUGAAGGUACUGGGUGUACUACCCAGCCGCAAGUACUUCACUGCUGCAGAGCUCGCAGCAGGGCAGGUGCUUUACCAGCACGACGGCAGUGAGUACAGCUACAGUGACAACAUUGUUUUCCGCAUGGUAGAUGGGCAGCACCAGGUUGAAUUUCUGUACCCCAUCACCAUUGCUCCUGAUGAUGAUCAGCCACCGCUGCUGAAUGCAAAUACAGGGCUGGUGCUCAGUGAGCACCAGACUGUCCAAAUCUCACCUUUUGUCCUCAGUGCCACAGACAUUGACUCUGAUGAUGCCUCUAUCCGAUUUGUCCUGGUUGAGGACUCCACAGUAUCCCUGCUACACUCCCACCACUUUGGUGAGCUGCUGCUGCGUCAGGCAGAGCAACCAGCAUCUUAUGAGAGCAAAGAAAGCAGAGCAGGAUUGGAGAGUGGCUUCUCUUCCUCCUCCUGGCACUUUGUGGAGGAUGAACACCUGUAUGAGAGGGUGGUGAAGGAGUGGCUGCAGCAGGACAUCCUCGAUGGGAGGCUUUUCUUCAGGCACACGGGGGGCCACAGUGCCAGGCCAGUGAUGGGGCACAUUGUGUUCCAGCUGCAGGAUGACAAUGACCCCCCUAACUGGUCAGGGGAGCAUGUGCUCACUGUCAAAGUCCAACCGGUGGACAAUCUGCCACCUGCCCUGUACCCAGGUACUAGCCUACAGAUGACAGUGCAGGAAUACCAGCUGACUGUCUUUAAGAAGCACUAUUUACGGUACACUGACCUGGAUACGGAUGACAGGGAGCUGAAGUACACUUUACUGACACCCCCAACUGACACAGAUGAGAACCACUUGGUGGUCACUGGAGAGAUUGUGUUGGCCGACAGUCCCGAGACAUCCGUUACACAUUUCACCCAAGCCGAGGUCAACCAUCACAAGGUGGCAUAUCGACCCCCGGAUCAGGAGCUGGGGAUCACACCACGGGUGGUUCAGUUCACGUUCCUUGUAGAAGACUCAGCUGGCAAUUCUCUACAAGGUACCUUUACACUGUUCCUGCAGCCAGUGGACAACCAGCCACCUCAGAUCACCAAUACAGGCUUCACAGUGCUUGAGGGAAACAGCUUCCUUCUCACCAGCAAUCAACUCGAUGCCACAGAUGAGGACACAGCUGCGGACCAGAUUGUCUUCACUGUAACUCAAGUUCCAGAGCAUGGCCAUCUACAUUAUCUAGAGGAGAGUCUGAUGGUGCAAGGGGAAUCUUUCCUGCUAGAUGAUAUUGCUGGUGGGCGCAUCUCCUACAAGCACAGUGGUGAUGAGUUUGCCAGUGAUUCUUAUCAGUUGGAAGUGAGUGAUGGAGUCCAUCAUGUUCCAAUCACAGUCAGGAUUGGUGUGCAGCCUACGGAUGAUGAAGACCCAAGUAUCACCCUCCAUGGUGGUCACAGGCAGGUGGCAGCUGCCAUUGAUGUCCUGGAAAAUGGUGCUACUGAAAUUACUAUGUCACUUAUCCAGGGUGCAGAUGAAGAUACAGAUGACUUGGUGCUGAUCUUCAUUGUGCAGGAUCCACCCAAGCUAGGUGAUAUCCUCGUGGAUGGAGUGCGAUCAGAAAAGUUUACGCAGCAUGACCUCAUCAGCGGAGCAGUAGCCUAUGCUCACACCAGCGGAGAGAUUGGCUUGAAAAAGAGGUAUGAUUCCUUCAAUCUUACCAUUUCUGACCUCUCCAGAGAAUGGGUGGUGGGAGGCAGCACAGUACAAAGGGUGCGUGUGGCUGUAACUGUAUUGCCUGUGGACAGCAUUGCACCUGAAGUGAUGGUUGCGGCAGAGCCUCUUGGUGUCCUCGAGGGAGGGAAGGGUACUCUAACUCUGGAUCAGCUGGAUGUGGAGGAUGUAGAUACUCCCAGAGAUGACAUCUUGUGCAUUGUCAUAGUUCAGUCCACUUCAGGAUAUUUGGAGAAUAUCUCUCCAGCCCCAGGGUCUGAGAAGUCUCGAGCUGGUACUGCCAUUAGUGCUUUUUCCAUCAAAGAUGUUCGUUUGGGCCAUGUCAACUAUGUGCAGAGCAUUCACAAAGGGGUGGAGCCUGUGGAGGAUAGAUUCACUUUCCAGUGCUCUGAUGGUGUUAACUUGUCACCUCACCAGUUCUUCCACAUUGUCAUCAUUCCCAUCAAUGAUGAAAAGCCGGAGCUGUUUGUGCAUGAAUUCAUGGUGCUUGAGGGGAUGAGCCUGGUGAUUGACACCACCAUCCUCAAUGGAACUGAUGCAGACAUGCCUCCAGAUGAACUGCGUUUUGUUAUUGCUGUUCCUCCUAAGCAUGGGCAGAUUGUGCAGCAGCUGUCCACAGGCACUAUGCCUGUUCACAGCUUCACCCUGGAGGAGAUUCAGGAGGCUUCCAGCAUUGUGUAUGAACAUGAUGACUCAGAGACGAAAGAAGACAACUUCCAAAUUCAGCUGACUGAUGGACGCCACACAGUGGAGAAGAAUGUGCCAAUUAUGGUGAUCCUGGUAAAUGAUGAGACCCCCAGGAUGGCAAUCAAUAAUGGUCUGGAAGUAGAGAUUGGCAAGUCAAAGCUCAUCUCUAGUCAAGACCUUAAAGCCACAGACAUCGAUUCAGAAGACAAGAGCCUUGUUUAUGUCAUCCGUUUGGUGCCUGUGCAGGGUUUCUUACAGCAUCUGAACAGACAAGAAGUGCUGCGCAACAUUACACAAGGCACAAACUUCACACAGGAUGAUUUAGACCAGGGUUUCAUCCGCUAUAUUCAUACUGGCCUACAUGGAGUGCGUGAUCUGAUUAAAUUUGAUGUUACUGAUGGUAUUAAUGCCUUGAUAGACAGGUACUUCUAUAUUACCAUUGGUAGCAUUGAUAUGGUCUUCCCUGAGGUGAUCAACAAGGGUGUAACUCUGAAAGAAGGUGGAAAGGUGACACUCACAACAGAUCUGCUCAGCACAAGUGAUGUUAACAGUCCUGAUGAAAAUCUGCGUUUCAGUGUCACCCGGUCCCCAACCCGGGGUCAUCUAGAGAAUUCAGACAGUCCUGGAGUACCUGUUGUUUCCUUUACUCAACUCCAACUUGCUGGCAACAAGAUUUGCUACAUUCACACUGCAGAGGAUGAAGUGAAGAUGGACAGUUUUGAGUUUGAAGUGACAGAUGGGUAUAACCCAGUCUUUCGUAGUUUCAGGGUCUCCAUCAUAGAUGUGGACAAUAAAAAGCCAAUUCUAACUAUUGGUGACCUGGUUGUUGAGGAAGGGGAGACCAAGCUGAUCACCCCUUUUGAGCUGGCCGUGGAAGAUGGGGACACACCUGACCAUUUACUCCUAUUCACAGUCACUCAGGUUCCAGUGCAUGGCCGGAUUUUGUACAACAACAGCUACCCAGUCACCAGCUUCACCAAACAAGACUUGAAUGAGAAUCUUAUCAGCUACAGACACGAUGGUACGGAAACCAGCCAGGAUAGUUUCUCUUUUUCUGUGACCGAUGGGACCCACACAAACUUUUAUGUUUUCCCCGACACUAGCAAGGAGAUCCAUCAACCCCAGAUGAUGAGGAUUCAGAUCAGUUCACUGGAUGACAGGGUGCCACAGUUAGUGGUGAACAAGGGUGCCCCUACUCUGAGAAGACUUCCAGCUGGGCACCUAGGCUUCCUGAUCACUAGUAAGGCACUAAAGGCAGAGGAUCGUGACAGUCCACACAAGUUGUUGAAAUACAAAAUAACAGAUGGGCCAGAGCAUGGCUUCAUCAUUAAUACUGGCCUUGGAAAUGAGAGCAUUAGAACAUUUAUGCAAGCUGAUAUUGAUGAAAUGAAGAUCAGCUACAUCCUGGAGGAAGGUAAUAAUGCUACCAGUGACAUCUUCUAUUUCUCCAUUGAAGACAAAG